AUGAUCAUUCGCUUUCUAGACUCUCCCAAUGGCCACGACAAAAUCCACCAAGGGCAAAGCGGCUGCCAAGAGUCUGUUUUUCUCUCUGAACGACGUACACCUUCUGUGCUUACGCUUUGUUAUGCUAUAGGCUCACCAAAAGACAACAAAGCGAAAGCCGCGAAAAAGGCUGCGCUGCAGGGCGCGCAUGGGCACUCGUCGCGCAAGACACGGUACUCUGUGUCGUUCCACCGCCCCAAGACCCUUCGUCUCCCUAGGGACCCCAAGUACCCACGUAAGAGCAUCCCGCAUGCGCCUAGGAUGGAUCAGUUUAGGACUAUUGUUUCACCCCUCAACACGGAAUCUGCGAUGAAGAAGAUCGAAGAGCACAACACCCUCGUGUUCAUCGUUGAUAUCAAGUCGAACAAGCGUCAGAUUAAGGAUGCUGUUAAGAAGUUGUACGAUGUCCAAGCUGCCAAGGUGAACACCCUCAUCAGACCGGAUGGUAAAAAGAAGGCGUACGUCCGUUUGACAGCCGAUCAUGAUGCACUGGACGUCGCCAAUAAGGUGAAAGAUUUCUGA